CGCAGACAGCAGCACGGCAGCGCCCGGGAUAACAUGAUUAGCUCUCUAUUAGGUCCGCUCCUGAGCACAACUAGAUGCAGUACAGGGAUCAUAGUGUGUCCAGAGAGAGGAGACACAGAGGAAAGAGUUGACGCCUCAGCUGCCACAUGGAUCUUCUCUGCUUCCUAUUGAUCUGCCUAAAGAAGUUACCCACUGACAGUUUUUUUCAUGCCCGUGCGUCUCUGGCACUGGAGAGGUUGUGUCACCGCUGGUUGCCCCAGAUGAACUGACAGCACUUUAAAUAAUUAGUGCUUACUCUUGUGGAGGCAGUGCACGAUGAAAGAGAGAAAUCCGGCUGGGAAAGCUUCAGAGGAGUGAUUCAGUUCCUGCCUUUCUCAGCCCUGCUCUGUCCUUCCUGGUGGAUGAUAUUUGUUAACCUCUUCUGAACCCAGGAAGUGGGCCAAUCUGCUCCAAUGGAGUUUAACAACGAGACCAACCUGACUCUUCCAAAGGUGGCCUCUUACAGCCUCCAGAUGUCCCUGCCGCUCACUGUGCUGGUGGGGCUCAUGAUCCUGCUGACAGUGUUUGGUAACGUGCUGGUGGUCAUAGCUGUGUUUACAAGCCGAGCCCUGAGGGCUCCGCAGAACUUAUUCUUGGUGUCUCUGGCAUCAGCGGACAUUUUGGUGGCUACCCUCGUGAUGCCAUUCUCCUUGGCCAAUGAGCUCAUGGGAUACUGGUACUUUGGCGAGGUGUGGUGUGAAAUAUAUCUGGCACUUGAUGUUCUUUUCUGCACCGCCUCCAUUGCCCACCUCUGUGCCAUCAGCUUAGACCGCUACUGGUCCAUCACGCAGGCCAUCGAGUACAACCUAAAGAGGACGCCGCGCCGAAUUAAGUGCAUCAUCUUCAUCGUGUGGGUCAUUGCAGCAGUUAUCUCUUUCCCGCCACUAAUCACCAUGGAGAAAGAAAACAACGAGAAGGACCGCGUGUGUAGGAUCAAUACUGAUAAGUGGUACGUCAUCUCCUCCUGCAUUGGCUCCUUCUUCCUCCCCUGUGUCAUCAUGGUGCUGGUCUACGUGCGAAUCUACCAGAUUGCUAAAAAGAGGACACGGGCCCCUCCAGGAGACAGGAAGCAGAAGGAGAUGCCAAAGACGCCCACCAUCGCUGCUGCCAACCCAAAGGAGAACGGCGUGGGUGCCGAUGACCGCCUCUGCCAUGAGAAACUGAAUGGCGAGCAGGACAUCGAGCUGAAGAAGGAAGUGGUGGAAGGAGAAGGAGGAGCAGAUGAGGAGAAAGGAGAGGUCAACGGGGUGGACAUUGAUGAGUCGUCGUCGUCUGACCACAAAGUGAACAAUCCCUGCUCAAUCAAAAAGAAAUCGGCCAAGGGGAAAACCAAACUGAGCCAAAUCAAACCGGGGGACAAUGACGUCCAAAGGCGGGCGCCGAGCACCAAAGGCAGCCGCUGGAAGGGCCGCCAGAACCGGGAAAAGCGAUUCACCUUCGUCCUUGCCGUGGUCAUUGGAGUGUUUGUCAUCUGUUGGUUUCCCUUUUUCUUCACGUACAUGCUAAUGACGUUGUGUGAGUCCUGCCCUGUACCCGACACCUUGUUCAAGUUCUUCUUCUGGUUCGGUUAUUGCAACAGUGCGCUGAACCCCAUCAUUUACACCAUCUUCAACAAUGACUUUAGGAGGUCAUUUAAAAAGAUACUGUGCAGGAGGGACACCAGAAGAUAUGUAUGACAGACUCCAUCUUCAUGUACAUACUUUUUUUUUCUACUGUUGUACAUAAAUUGUAAAGUACAUAGACCAUUGUGCAUGGAUCACUGGCUUGUGAAUGCUCUAGGUGUAACUGCUUGAAAAGGCUUUCCCAGGAUGAGCUUUACGUGCGGCAUCUUCUUUUCAGAACAUCCACCACCCACAGCCUCGACACCGACCACGAUCACACACAGAGAGGUCUGAACUGAACAGAACACCACAGUGAAACCAUGUUUUUAUUGUAAAUGUUAUUUUUAUUUUUAUAAAAGAAACAAACAUUGUGAAGUCCAUGAUAUGUGUUGUAAUUUACCACAGUAUGCUAUAUAAAAUAACCUGUCUGAAUAUUUGUCUCUAUUUUGAUUUUGGUGGUGAUGAUGAUGAUGAUGAUGAUGAU